AUGUCGUCCAGGUCCAACCGGCGGGGGAGGAGGAGGUCGCCGCUGUCACCGGCGCCAGGCACCGACGACGCCGCACCGGCCGAGCAGCAAGUGGCGGCGGCCGACGAGCACGAGCUCGUCUCGAGGCUGCGAGCGCUCCUCCCUCCCGAUCAGGCGGCCGCGGCCGCCAAUGGCAAAGCCAAAGCGUCGUCGACGAGGGCUCGGGUGCUGCGGGAGGCCUGCGUCUACAUCCGGAGGCUCCACGCCGAGGUCGACGCCGCCGCCGAGCGGCUCGCGCGGUUGCUGGAGGACGACGACGACCCGUCGGUCGCCGCCGCCGUCGUCGUCGACGGCGCCGACGACGAUGCGGCUGAUGAUGAAGUCACCAUCCGCAACCUGCUGAUGUGA